AGGCUGCGGAGGCCGCCCGGCCGCCAUCUUGGACUCGGGCGGAAGUCGGCUGAGGAGGCGAAACGGGGAAUGUGGUCACUGCGGAGAACGCGGCGGUCCCACCAACAGCGGGGAAAGCUGGCGGGAGAAAAGGCCUGGCCCAGCUCAGCCACGCCCCCGCGGCGGGGCCGUCGCGGUGCAUUGUGGACCCGGUAGUUUCCGCCGCGGUUAUGGUCGCGUUCACAAAGCGUGCGCGCUGCGGUUCGCGGACUGCACUGUAACCGGCACCAGACAUUGCUGCCCCGGUUCUGCGGACUGCGACGGAGAUCGGAUGCCCCCGGAUCAACAUUUUUUUUUUUUUUAAAGGGAGAAAACUCAUAAGACUUCAUUGCUAUUAAGUAGCCUCAAAAGCAGAGCCUUGGUUUUUCUGAGAAAUUGAAAAUCAUCUUUUAAAAAGUUGCGCUUCAACUCGUCCCCUCACCCCCACCCCCUAAUUCCUUAAUUAUGCGGUAGAAGUAGGGGCUUUUCUUCACCAUCUGCUGAUCUCACUGCAUAAUGACUUUCUGUUUCACUGGCAUUAGAAGCUUUCCGAAGCUUUGGAAAAACAACCCAUACCUUGGAGUAGUAGGCCCAGGACACUCUUAUAACUUUUUCUUUCUGAAAGACUGUUAUGGCAUCAGGAACCAGCCGAAGUUCUUUUCUCUUAAUACAGUGUCUCCACAAAAUACCAAAGCAAUAAAUCUGAUUGCCAAGGCCAGAUAUCGCAGAAAAGAUGAGGGCAGUAAUAAAGUUUCUUCUGAGUUUCCUCACCUUUUUGCAGCUGGAGCGGCUAAGAAGAGAUCUCAAAUGAAUCCUCAGAGUCACGAUCAUGCCUUGCCACCGGAGAGAAACAGUAUUCAGCUCCCAACACAACCUUUGAAUUCAGAGCAGUGGGAUAAACUUAAAGAAGAUUUCAAAGGGAGAGCUAAUUUUGAAGAUUGGAUCAUUGCACGGAUGAUUACCUACAAUAGCUCUAUAGAUGUGGCCAAAUCUUUGCUGGCCUGGGUAGCUGCAAAAAACAAUGGUAUUGUAAGCUAUAAUUUGCUGGUCAGGUAUCUGUGUCUCUGUGUCUUUCAUAAGCAGACAUCAGAAGUUUUUGAUGUCUACGAAAUCUUGAAAGCCAGAUACAAGAGUUUAGAAUCUUCGGCAAGCACUCUUCUCAUCCGAGGAUUGAUCCACUCAGACAGAUGGAGAGAGGCCUUGCUGCUGUUAGAGGACAUCAAAAAAGUCAUGAUCCCUUCAAAAAAGAAUUAUGGUGACUGUAUCCAGGGAGCCCUCCUUCAUCAAGAUGUAAACACAGCUUGGAAUUUGUUUCAGGAAUUGUUAGAUCAUGAUCUUAUUCCCAUGAUGGAAACUUUAAAAGCCUUCUUUGAUUUUGGAAAAGACAUAAAAGAUGAUCAAUAUUCAAAGAAACUGCUAGACAUUCUUUUGUAUCUAAGAAAUAAUCAGCUAUAUCCUGGGGAAUCAUUUGCACACAGUAUAAAAACAUGGUUUGAGAGUGUUCCUGGAGAACAAUGGAAAGGACAAUUUACCACAAUCCAGAAAAAUGGUCAGUGUUUGGGCUGUGGGAAAACCAUAGAGUCUAUUCACUUGAGUGCCGAAGAGUAUGAAUUCCUCAAGAGAAAAAUCCUGAGCGAUGUGAUAGACGGAGGUGACCAAUACAAAAAGACGACACCUCAGGAACUUGAGAGAUUUCAGAACUUUGUGGAACGCUGUCCUCCUUUUGAUGUCGUCAUUGAUGGGCUCAAUGUUGCCAAGAUGUUUCCUAAAGCUCGUGAGUCUCAAGUUCUCUUGAAUGUGGUCUCUCAACUAGCCAAGCAAAAUCUUCGAGUGUUGGUCCUGGGCCGGAAGCAUAUGACAGUACAGCGUGCCCGGUGGAGAAAGGAUGAGAUGGAAAAGGUGCAAAAGCAAGCCAGCUGUUUCUUUGCUGACAACAUCUCAGAGGAUGAUCCGUUCCUUCUGUAUGCCACACUGCACUCAGGGAAUCACUGCAAGUUUAUCACAAAAGAUCUGCUGCGGGACCAUAAGGCCUGUCUACCUGAUGCCAAGACCCAGCGCCUGUUCUUUAAGUGGCAGCAGGGACAUCAGCUGGCAAUUAUUAAUAGGUUUCCAGGAUCAAAAAUAACUUUUCAGCAUAUUCCCAGCUAUGACACAGUGGUGCAAACAACUGGAGACUCGUGGCACAUACCGUAUGAUGAAGACCUGGUGGAAAGAUAUUCCUAUGAAGUGCCAACCAAAUGGCUUUGCCUUCACCGAAAGACAUAAUGACUUUUGCCCCCAUGCUAAAUUUCUAUUGGGUGCCCUCCUGGUUGGCAUCAGAGCUCUUAAGUUGAUGCUUGUUUAGACCAUUGCUUCUCUCCUGCUCUGUUUGUUCCAGUUGGUUUGUAUGUCAACAAAUUUGAUUUUUUUUUAAAUUAAAUAAAUUAUAUCUUUUCACAAUCCAUUGCUUUUUUAAAAGAUAUUUUUAUUGAUUUUAGAGAAAGAGGAAGAGAAACAUCGAUGAGAGAGAUACGUAGACCAGCUGCCUCCCUCAUGUCCCCCACUGGGGGUUGAUCCUGAAACCCCCAACCGAAAUUGAACCAGCAACCUCUUGGAUGCUCAACUAACUGAGUCACACUGGCCAUAUAUUCAUUCAUUCAUUCAUUCAUUCAUUCAUUCAUUCUUAACUAGAGUUAGGGAACUUAGUGAGGAGUGAAGCCUGUGUUUGUCUUACUGGGCCAUCUGUUUCCCUUGCUUAGGAAGCAGGUGCUUCUGGUAUUUCUGCUCCUGACCUCACCUCCACCAAUAGCAGAACAUGCCUUUUCCAAAUCUGUUCAAAAUUCUGUGAACACUAUUAAUUCCAUCACUUGCUUUGAGGGCUUCUCUUCAUUUAAUUAAGUUUGACUUAGUUUAACUAAGUGAUUACGUUUAAUAGUUGCCUCUCUGUUUUAUCCCUUUGCUAGCCAGUUGAUACCACACUGGGCCUUGAUUUUAGCUGGAAAUAAUCAUGUCUGCAGCACUUUAUUUUAGUUUUUUCCUUAUUCCUACAUACCAUAUGAUUUAAUAUUUAAGAACAGGCAAAAACAAUCUAUGGUAAUAAAAAUCAGAAUAGUAGGCCCUGGCUGGUGUAUCUCCGUUGACAGUCGUCCCAUGCAGGAAGAGAUCACUGGUUCCAUUCCUGGUCAGGGCAGAUUUCCCCAGUAGGGGAUGUGUGUAGGAGGCAGCCAAUGGAUGUUUCUCUCUCUCUCUUUCUCAAAAUAAAAAAUCAAUAAAAACAUUUUUUAAAAAUCAGAAUAGUAGUUGCCUGAGGAAAGGGGCACAAGAAAACUUUCUAGGGGUGAUGGGAAGUUCUCGGUGAUGCUGUCACAGGAAUAUAUAUAUAUAUAUAUAUAUAUAUAUAUGAAUAUAUAUGUCAAAAUUCAUUACACUAAACACUUAAAAUUGAUGCAUUUACAACAAUGUGCCUCAGAAAAAUAUGUUAGCAUAAGAAAAUAACUAUUACAUGAAAAAAUGACCUUGUUUACAUAAAACAAUAUACAUGGAUAUAAGUAGGAUGUAUAUUAUGGACAGAAAGACAAUCAAUCAGGAAAAACAGAGGAGGGGAUGUUUCAUCUCCUUAACUAUUUACUGGAUUCAGCACUGCUGCACACCUAGACUAAAGAAGUCUCCAUGAAAGUAUUUGAUAAAUAAGAGCAUUGAAAGAUUCUGAGAAUCAGAAAGCUCUCAUAAAUCCAAUGUUUAUUUUCUAAAUUUCAUAAACUACAUACUUAGAAAACUGUGCUUUCAGUGAGCUAAACCUUUUUUAAGGAACUAUCCUAAUCUUAAGAAAAAUUAAAAAAAAAAAAAAAAACAGCUCUCGCUGGUUUGGCUCAGUGGAUAGAGUGUCAGCCUGCAGAUUGACGAGUUCAGGGUUCAAUUCCGAUCAAGGGCAAGUGCCCAGGUUGAGUGCUCCAUCCCCAGUGUGGGGCAUGCAGGAAGCGCCCAACCAAUGAUUCUCUCUCAUAAUUGAUAUUUUUUAAAGCAUUUGUUAAAUAAGCUUGUCUGAAAGCCUAAUCAAAUGUCUCACAAGGAACACAGAGAUGGGAGAGGAUACAAAAAGAAGCUAGAACUUUAGAGCAGGAGUGAACCUUGAAGAACAUAAAGCUCAUUUUAUAAAGGAAGAACAGACCCAGAAAGAUGGAAAGUCUUCCUUGGGUCCCACAGCUAGUUCGUGAAGCUAUUUCAACCAUAACCCACCUCUUUUGAUUCCUAGCUAACUAUUCUUUCUUCUUUGCACUGAUUUAGGCUAGAGUGGUUCAUAAAAACAGACUGAAUGGUAGAGCAUCCAGUAUUUAUAUUAGAAACUUUGUUAGCCACUUAAGAGUAAGGGAGAAUGAGAGGAAGGGGACCGGAAGUACCUCUUUAAGGCCCCUCAUUUCCAGAAUGGCUGGCAGUGUAGACAAUUGUGAUAGAGAAAUUGCAUUGUUUUUUAACUCUUUAAUAACAUUGAAAAAUAAAACCCUUGCCCUAACCGGUGUGGCUCAGUGGAUAGAGCGUCAGCCUGCAGACUGAAGG